CCAUCUAUGUGUAACAUCUAGACAUUUUUAUUUUUGUGUUUCUGCGACUGCCUCAAAGAGGAAUAUAUUGUACUUAUACAUAUACGAACUUUACGCGUUGCGAUUUUCGAAGCAGGUGUAGUUAAAACUUAAUUGAAAUGAUCGACAGCAUCUGAUUCUGCUGGUGGAUUUUUUUGGGCAAGAGCGAGUAGUCUUAUGUGGCUUGGAACGUUUCUUUUAAUUGAAAUAUAUUUUAAUUAUUUCAAAAUGAAAGAAACAUCGAAACAAUUGCAGUCUCAGGGGCUGCUCUCGCGUGCCUGUCACCUGACGAAGGCGUUGUCGGUCACGCAAUGUCAUUUGAGUGUUAUAACACUUUCACGCGCAUUCCAUUUCAAUAUUAAAGGGCUGUUAUUGCAGCUCUGUCAGGAUAACAUAUCUUCAAGGAUGGGAUACACUUAUGAAAUUAGAAAUGCAAUACAGUAUGUUGGAUCCCACAAUCUUUAAUCCGCCUAUACCUGGACUCACAAAAAAUCAUUUUCGGUAGAUUUGGUGAUAUCUUUUUUCUCGUCAUUGGUAUAAAUAAACCCAGCAAUCUAGAGCAGUUUGUAAUUUUUCUCACCCUGAUUUUAUUCUAACUGUACCUAUCUCGAACUGUUGAAUAACUGCUAACGGAAUUUAACUAAAGUAACAUGAGGUUUCAGUAUUACAAGGUCCUAUUUCUGAGGUGAAGAAUUGGAGAUGAUAGUUAAAUUAAGUGCCGUUCUCUAUGUGCUAGGAAACUUUGUUAUUUGUUACUGUUAAAUUUGAGUUCGGAUUUUUUUUGCAGUUAUUUUCCUCAGUCAGCAUAUGCCCAUUCAAGUGUUAUUGAUUUACAUCGACAUCAGCAGUUCACAAUGCAAAUGUAAAAUAUGAGAUUGUUAUAAUCGGCUGUAUCACUAAUUAAAAAAAAAAUCUAUAUACCAACCCUGUUAUUUCUAGAACAACCUUCGCAUCAAGGGCGUAGCUAGGGGGGGUCCUAGAGUGCCCGUGACUCCCCCCCCCGCUUUUGUAAGCCUUUUUUAAGAAAACAACCUACAACAGUUGGCGAAAACGCCAUGGCGAUAUCUUGACCAUUGUUGAAAAGCUCACUUUUUCCCCUCAAUUUGACGCAGUAUGACUCUCCCUUUGAAAAAUCCUGGCUACGCCCCUGCUUCGCGUUUCCCUUGGUAGUUCGAUUUUAUUGAUUAUAUUUUUUGUUUAUCUUAUUUAUUUGAAUUGAUUUGAUUUCAUGUGAUUUAUUUUAUUUUAACAAGGGACGAUCAUCAUCUCUUGAUUUUUUCACAACGGACGAGUUGGAACAAGACUUUUUGCAGGCUCAUGUACCUUCCCUAAUCUCUCGGGGUUGUCAUGCACGCUUCCACGGGACAUGAUUAACUGCUAUGUAGUGUACUGUUUCCUCAGAGUGUAACUUUUUUCCAAUUUUAGAUUGAUCACGAGUGGUCCUGUAUGAUAGGGUAUCGAAACAAGUUGAAGCAAGUUGACCAAAGCGAAGAUCAGCUCUGACAAACAAAAAUGGCUCAAACAGUGAAACUUGCACUCUCCAUGCUGGGAUGGCACGGUGUAUUUCUGUUGUUCCUUAUAGUUUCAUUCAAGCUUUUUCUUGCGGAACAAGACAGUACAGUAUGCCCAUGCACUUGGAACGUGGCCUAUAGCACCCUUAUGUUUGUGAUCCCCUCUUUGAUUUCCUAUUUGAUUGCAGUUUUCGCUUAUUUCCGUCAAGACGAUGAUAGCGCACCGUGGAAAGCUUUGAGGAGACUGUACGUUUUUAAAGGUGCUUGUCAUCUCUAUGAUGAACGCAGAGACUGGGAUUUUCAUACGGAACAUUGCAUUUCCUGCAAUCAGCUCAAUCGCGAUUGGAGUCUGGUCAAGAUUGGCGUGUCAGCCGUUUUCUCUUUGCUGUACCCCACGGUCUGGUUGUCGCUGAGUUUUCUGCAAGCUUAUUAUUACGUGUGCGCUAAUGUUGGUCCACCUAGUUCAUCACUUACCACUUACUGCGAUGUUAAAAUUGACGACGUGCCGAGAGAUUACGAUAAAGAACAUGGUCUGGCUGUUAUUCGCUCCAAGGUCAUUGGCGGUGUUUUAUUUAUAAGCGCUCUCUUCUGUCUGAGCGUGUUUGUGAUCAUUUACGGCGAGAUAGAACAUUUUUUGAAAAAGGUAGAUUUCUGUUCAAGUGAUAAUAGUUCUAAUCUGCAAGUUGACAUUUCCAUUCAACCGAGACGUUCAUCCGGGACAAUAGAAUCGGCAGGUUCCCAAGGCAACCAGGUUCCCGCUGUCAUAACGGUGCAGGAAGCUCCUGGGGCUAGAAGUCAACAAGCGGUUGACGAUAACAAGGCAAUAUGUGUCAAUUUCAGUGAUGCAUUUGUUGCAGCCCUGCGAGGCAAUCUACAAGAUGGCACAUGGCAAGGAAUAGAUAUCCGCUGUUCACAGCAGGAGGAACACAGGAGCCUGCAAGGAACUUUCGCAACUUUUCACUCACCAUCUCAUUUAAGAUCACAGCAACAGGCUCGGCGUGAACACACCUAUGAAUCACUUACAAACAACUUGAUGGCGUACACAGAGUCCUCGUAGAUUCAAAGUCAUGGCAUGGGAACACGUUUCCCCUUUUCCUAGUAAUAGUAAUAAAGAGCUGAGCGACCAAACAAGUUCAUAAAACAGCAACACAUGCAAAACAAUUAACAAUUAUUGGAAGAGUUCAAAUAUCGUUGUAUGUCAGUGGCUCGCAGAUCAAUAAUUGAUCUGCGAGACACUGGAAGGAGAUGGGAGAGUAGUACGAGUGAAUGGCAUUUGUUAAUGCGCGAACAAGGCGAAAAUAGACCGUCCGAGGUUUGUGUCAUUCGAACGAGACAAAGUUUUCAAAGUUGUCCAAGAGUCGAUCAUGCGAUGAAAACAAGGGAUCAAUGCCAGAUAGAACUAAAAAUAAGUUUCAAGGUAGUAAACCGAAAAAUAAAGGCGCGCGGCAAAACACCUCGG